CGAACCUCUCGUCGUGUCUUGCGAUGAAAAAGAGGAAGUGGGAGGAUCGCGCUUGCGCAUAAUAAACCGAAUAAAUGUUCUCCGGUCUUCUCAUCGGUUAUCCAGCUUUUCGUGCCGUUGUUUGAGCUCCUGAAACGCAGUUUCCGCGAAUCGGUGCUAGACGAAAAAACGUGCGCUUUUCUCUCGGGUGCGCGAAUGUCGGGGUAACGGCUUGAACAAAAAUCGAGUGUCGAGAAUCGCGCUGCGAAUGAAAUAAUUUGUUUUAUUUUAUUUUUCUUUUCUUUCUUUCUUUCAUAACGAGACCAGGUGAGACAGGAUUUGGCAGAUUUUCAAAAACGGAUCGCUAUUUAACUCAAUUUUCGUGCAACACACACACACACACACACGUUUAAAACCGAAAUGCUUUUCACAAUAACAUUGUUGUUUUUGGACUUCAAACCGUAACCGAUCCUUGCCCAGUGAAUUGCUCGAAAAUCGCCAAAAUGCAAUCUCAUUUGAGCAUUUUUUUUCUCAAUCGAUGAAGGAUUAUUAAAGCUGCGAAUCAGGAUUUUCUCCGACCCAUUAUUAUUGCGAGACUUUGCGCAAAUGCUGUCAACAUGGAUUCCAACGUUGGUCUUGACUACAUUGUGGAUAACCCCGAUUAUUGCAACAAGCUCGCUUCAGCUCUGGACACGGCUUGUACGUCCGUGAAGAAGCAAGUGGUCGAUUUGCUGUCAGCUCUGUGCGUCUACAGUCAGGACGGUCGUCAGCGUGCCAUCGACACUCUCCACAUUUACCAGGAACGAAAAGGUGAGCGUUAUCGUUUGAGAGCGAUCGUUGAUGAGCUGCAGAAAGAAACUGCCGAGGAUUAUCAGACCGCGCUACUGGCGUUCAUCAACUGUCUCGUUAUCUCGACCCCCGUGCUCAAGGACCGAGUGAGACUUCGAAACGAGUUUAUCGGCUUGAAGCUGCUUCCCAUUCUGAACGAACUUCGAAAGAAAAAAUCCUCACAAUCACCGGAUUUGGGAGUCCAGCUCGACGUUUUCGACGACCAGCGUGAGACCGACGACGAAUUAACGAACCACGGACCACCCGGUAUCGAUUUAUCAUCUCACGUCGAUAUUUUUUACGCGAUACUCGGCCAAAUCGCCGAUACGCCACAGGAAAUACCGUUCUUGAGUAUCCUGCAGCAUCUCUUGCGUCUCGAUCCCAAAGAACCUGCCAGCGAUCUCGCCUGGGACACCGCCGAAACUUUGGUUCAUCGAGCCACCCUCCUCGAGAGCCGAGAGGAUGCUACUAAACUUUUGAGGUCUCCUAGUCUUCAGACAAAUUUGUGCUGCCACUGUCGAGGCGCCGAUCAAACUUGUGGAACAACGAGGAAAGCAUCCCUGCCAGCUAGCAAUACAACUCCUCUACCACCUCCACUUCCGGCACCGUCACAGCCAAGUCCACCAAUCGGCUUCGUGCUGCCUCCACCUCCGCCGCCCCCGUUUCUCGGGCAUGUUUCAACCGCGGAUGCAAGCGUUGAACCACCCCUGCCUCCACCUCUCAACGUCCCGACGAUAUUGCGCGCACCUACCCCUGAGCCACCAAGCAAUCAUGCGAAACUCCUCCCGCAGCAAGAGAUUCCCACCCCCAAGACGAAAAUGAAGACCAUCAAUUGGAACAAGAUCCCAAAUCACAAGGUCAUUGGCAAGCGAAACAUUUGGUCACUGGUGGCGAACGAACACUCGAAUUCACCGAUGGCCGAUUUGGACUGGGCCGAAAUGGAAGGAUUGUUUUGUCAGCAAGCACCGCCAAUUGUACCACCGGCUGCUUGCUCCACGAAUCACACUCAUGGCACCGACGCCGAUAGACGACGUCGGGAACCCACCGAGAUCGCUUUACUCGAUGGGAAACGAAGCUUGAACGUCAACAUCUUCUUGAAACAGUUCAGAAGUUCUAACGAGGACAUAAUUCAACUGAUAAAGGACGGUGGUCACGACGACAUCGGGGCUGAAAAGCUGCGGGGAUUGUUGAAGAUAUUGCCAGAAGUGGAUGAGCUAGAGAUGCUUAAAAGCUUUGACGGCGACAAGUCGAAGCUCGGAAAUGCGGAAAAAUUUUUCCUCCAACUUAUACAAGUGCCCAACUACAAAUUGCGCAUUGAGUGUAUGCUACUGAAGGAAGAAUUUGCAGCGAACAUGAGUUACCUCGAACCGAGCAUCAACUCCAUGAUUCUUGCUGGAGAAGAUUUAAUGACGAAUAAGCCCCUCCAAGAAGUGCUUUACAUGGUUCUAGUCGCUGGCAAUUUCCUCAAUUCGGGUGGUUACGCAGGAAAUGCGGCUGGAGUGAAAUUGUCUUCGCUGCAAAAGCUGACGGAGAUUCGUGCGAACAAGCCAGGGAUGAAUUUGAUCCAUUACGUGGCUCUGCAAGCCGAAAGGAAGAGGAAGGACUUGUUGAAUUUCACGAGAGGAAUGGGCGCACUGGAGGCGGCAACGAAAACAACGAUCGAACAACUCAACAACGAAUUCAACACGUUGGAUACGAAAAUAAAAAAAAUCAAAAAUCAAAUACAGCUCCCCUCGACCGAGAUCGACAUACAGGAGCAAAUGGCCCAAUUUUUGCAGAUGGCCGAACGAGAAAUGUCCCAACUAAAACGUGACAUGGAAGAACUCGAGGGCGUUAGACGAACCCUCGCCGAAUUUUUUUGCGAAGAUUCCAACACUUUCAAGCUCGAGGAAUGCUACAGAGUGUUUCACCAAUUCUGUCAAAAAUUCAAUCAAGCAGUUGCUGAAAACGAGAGGCGAAGAAUACAAGAGGAACAGGUCAUUGCUAGACGCAAACAACGAGAAGAACAAUUGCUCGCGAGAAAACGAAUGUUGUGCAAUCAAGCGGAGACUCCAGGCUCGGAAUCGGAGUGCAAUUUAAUGGAUUACGGUCUCCUGGACGUCCACAACAGUUUCGCCCACAAACCGUAUAGUCGUAGCGACGCCAAAAUCAAAAGAUUACAAAACGGAGGUGUCACGUCGGACGAAGAUAUCUCGAUCACCGGUUCCCCUAGCAUAAGACGACGUUUGGGCUCGUGUUCCGGUGGUCCUGAUCAACAAUUUACCAAAGAAGAAACUUACUCGCCUGACGUAACGCCGAAUGGGACUCUGAGACGCCGCCGAAGUCGAAUCCCCUGCGAAGACGACGAGGGCAAUCUCAUGGAUUUUUUGAGAACAACUGGCCAGGAAACUACCCGGGAACGGAAGUCUUGGGGAAGUUUGGACCGUUCUUGGGCCCGGAGAGCUCGGGGACAACCGCGCCGAGGAGAUCUUUUGAACGCCGAUUUUUCGGGAGAUCGUGAACGACCCAGUUCCCCAUCACCGUUGGCUGAAAACAAGCCGUUUUUACAAGAGGAAGAAACCAAACCCACCGGUCGAGCCUGGAGACAAAAGAUCGAGGCUUGGCUUUCGGAGAACGAGAAGGAAGAACGAGCCGGCGAAGAACUCCAAAGAAAAGCGAGGCAAUUGCAAGCCAAUCGCAAGUCCUUCGAAGAUUCAGAGAGCGAAGGCAAAAGUUCGAUAAUGAACACUUUGGCGGAAGACAACUCGAUGCACGGAGGAUACUCGGACGUCUACGACUGGCGCCCAUCGGUUGAGAAAACCGAUGUCAUGAGGACAAUGGAAGCGAUCGAAGAAGCGCAGCCUCAUCAAUCCCAGACUGACAAAUCGCAAUGGCGAAAAUCGAGCCUCAAUGUACCGAGUAGUCAGGAGGAAAGCGACCCUCGUUAUUCUCGGCGAAUAAGGUCCCGAUUGGCAACGGACAAUGUUCUCGGUCCGAGUACGUUGCAAGCCAUUCGAGAAGAAGAGCGCAAAAAGAACAAAACGAGUGACCCAUCGACGUCGGAAGGACAGGACGAACUAACAAUUUACUUGCGACAACCAACGAUUUCAACGCAAAAUUCAGCAGUUCGAAGAUUCUCCAAAUUGGGGAAAAAGAACAGCGAGGAGGAUCGAGUCAGCGACAAAAUUGAGAUUGACUCGGACAAUAUCGAGACUCCGCCGGCUACUCGAAGAGUUUUCAGCCCGCCCAGAGAAGUUAAACCGGUCGAGAAAGAGCCUUGCAAAAGAGAAAGAUGCAGCAGUUCUAUUCAAGGUCGCGAGGCUAAGGUCGGAGCCACGAAACCCAGCGGUUCUGUCGCCGAUCUCGGCAGCGGAAAUUUCGAUCGUUACGCAGCAGCGAGGAAAACUCGUCGUUACAAGAAGAACCAAGAUCUCCCGUUGGAUUGCAAGGAGAUAUCCAAGUCUGAGAUCUCGAGCUGCUUGAUCGGUGGCGGUGGCGAAAGCUACGCGGACGAAAAGCUGCAGAGGCCGAGUACAUUGGCGUUGACCGACGAGAACGAGGAGGACGAGGAUGCGAUGCUGAGAAUAUGGCAGGACAAAUUGAAACGGCGACACGCGACGACGGAGAUCGACGCAACAAUCUCGGAGAUCAAUAAAACGGGAGAAGAAAUCCAGCAAAUGACGCGUCCGAUGAGGGAAAGAAGUUCGAGAUUGCCGGUGACGCAACCGGCCCCGGUGAUCGCAGUUACGAACACAGUUUUGAGUCCGGUGAUGCAAGAAUCGAGGCCUCGUGAGACGACGCCGAUUUGGCCGGAACGAGCAGUCCCGUGCCGAGAAAGGCAUCGAAGUAUGAUCGAUCCGAGUCAAGUUCGCGAAGCGAUGAGAUUGGCGAACAAUCCCCCGAACCAGGUUCACCAAAAAGACGACACUGACGAUCUGCCCAUUUUGCGAGUGACCUCGCCGGAUCAAAUGGAAACCCGCGUUAUCGAAAUGGAGAGAAGCGGUAACGAAUUGGGAAAAAAUUAUCCUCGAAACAACACUUCGAUUGUAGAAAUAACCGAGAAGAAGGAACAGUCUCAUCGAGCGAUCGAGGAGCAAACUUCACCGUCGAUUAACACUAGCAAACAAUCUCUCUUGAAAAAUCGAUUCAUAGCUGAUCGCAUGAGCAUCAGUAGCUCACCGCCGCUCGGUGUUAAAGUCAAAGAGCAAGAGAUGAACGACGAGGGCUUCGAAGAAACGCAGAGUCUCGUUUCGGAAACUCUGUCCCAAGAAACUUCAUCAGGAAACUAUGAAACCGAUGCUCACGAUUCCCCGCGUUGUUCCCCAGCCUCCGAGCUUACUUACGUUACGAAAAAAGUCGAGCCCAAUGAACGACGCAGAACGAUCGGUAAGGACGAGAUCGCCAGACUUAAGGCUUUUGGACCCAGAGCAGGCUCCAUGAAAUUGAUCGGUGAAAAAUCGAGUUUUCUCCCCAAACGCACUGGAAGCUUGAAACGCGACGUCGCUCCGAGAAAAAUAGAAACUAAUAAAAGAAUUCUCCAACCCCUCGCCGGAAAUCCUGCCAGAAACGAAGUCGAACGAUCCGGAUCUCGCAGCAGCUUGCGAAGCUCCAGAAGCUCUCUCAAUAGCUCCACCUCCGUUAAUACCGUUCGUAAAUUAGCACCUAGCCACGCUCAGCUCGGCAGUUACACGAAUGCCAUUUGCGCUAUGACCACCGAUCUCAGAAAAAAUCCAACCAAUACUUCCCUCGCUGGGUCUAUCGCUGCCAAAGACUCCGAAAAUAGAAGAUCCACGCCGAGAAUAAAUUCCAGUCGGAUUCCCGCCAGCCGAAGCAGCAGCAGUGGAAGCAGCGUUGGACCCGUUACAAGGAGCAUGAAAAAAGUUGGGACUGGAACGAGUGGGGAGCCGCCAAGGUUGAUAAAUGUUCGAGCACGCCCAGUGAUAGCGUCACGCAGCAGCAGCAGCGGUAGCAGUAUUGGUCCUCAACAAGCGUCAUUGAACAAUCGGCAAGCGAUAGGGAAAACGAUAACGGACUCGAAGAGCAGAUUGGUGCAGCCGAGGGCGGCUCCAAGAAAUCACAGUUUCAUGAGACCAACCGCAGCGAGUGUUAACAAAGGUUCUAUUCCAAAUCUUCCCAAGAGCAUCAAGAGCUUGGUGAAAUAAUAAAGCCAUUACAACGAAGUUAUUUUAAAUGUACUAUGACACGAUUAAGGACGUAUGUAUUAGGUUGUUUGAUAUUUUUUCUCGUUUUUUAACUGGGAAAGUGUCGCAAAAAGGUCUUGAAAACUGCAAUUCUGAAAUAUUCAGUGGGCUACACGAACGUAAAAAAUAUCAAGCAACCUUAAAAAUAUAGAGAUAAAUAUAAAUAUAAGAUUUAAUUUCGUGGUUCGUUGACCUCGAAUAAAAAUAUUAAAAAAAGGAGAUGAAAGCUCUUUCCUUGCUCCGAUCGUGCCCGAAUUAAACGAAUCUCCAUCAACGACUGAAUUAUUCGUAGAGUACCUGUUUGGUCAAUUGAGAAAAAGAAAAAAAGAAGAAAAAAUAAGACGAAAAAGAACAGAUUCCACUGAUGUCUCCUUCAAAUGAUAUUUAAAAAAAAAACCAUCCACGUACCCUACACAAUUAACCAAAUGAAAAUUUUAUAAUACUUCGAGCAUAUUACGCGUCCAAUAAUUUUCAAACGAAUAAAAAAUAAUAAUAUAAUAAUUGAAUAAACGAUUUAUGUUACGUAGCAGAAACUUUUAGAGUUGAGAUUUUUGUCUCAUUCGAUCGAUUCUUCGUAGCGUUUUAAUAGAGUAUCGCACGCUCUUUAUAGGAACCAAUAAAUAUUUAAAUAACUCAACAUUUUUAGGAGCGAAUUUUAAUAGCUGUGGGUUUUAUUUUUCAAUUGGUAGUAAAUCUGCAAAAUGAUCGAUUGUUCCGAAACUCUGAACGUUUCGUUAACUUUUUACAUUUUUCAUAAAACUUUGUGAAUGUAAUCGAAAUCAAAUUUUUUCACCAAUAUUUUAUAUUUUUCAUAUAUUUUAUUCUAUUCGAGUUAGUUCUCCACAAGUCGAGCACACAAAUAAUCGACGAAAAGUGUGAGGGCACUUUUCACAUGAAGGUUUCAUCGAAUCCAGUCGAGCAUUCGAUAAUUUAAUGUUUUAAACUGUAAGAGCAUAUUUUAUUUAAAAAGAGCGUACAAACGCUAUGAUAGAUUUGUUUUAAACAUCCGUUUUUAAAGGAGAAUCAAACGCUAUCACAAUGGACAACUGUAUCAAGCUGCCCAAGCAGAAGAAAAAUAAAUAAGAAUUUUUCAUGAAAACAUUCACAAAAUUAUAUCUAUAAAUAUACGUGUUGCUAACGGAGCAAAAAACUAUUUUUGCUAUACGAGACGAUGAUCGAUCGAAAUAUCUAUGUGACGAAAUUUAUUUUUAUUUACCCCCCCCCCCCCCCCCCCCCCCCCCCACGCUAGACAUAGUGCCGAUUAGUUGGGUCCCUUCAUUCUUUGAAAGUAAAAAAAAAAAACAAGAUUAAUCUCCGCACGGAGUGUAAUGUUGCUUGCAAUGAUGCAAAGAAAGUCAAACGCUCCAUUUCGAGUUUUGUGCCAUGCGAAUCCGCUAAAGUUUUUUUGCCAUAUCGCUGCUAGUGCACUUUAUUGAACAUUCUUAUUUUUUAUUUGUUUUCAACAUCGCUCAAUACCUCUUUUUUUGUUUUUUUUUUUUAAAUACGAAUCCAAUUUUGCUCAGGAGUAUUUUUUUAUUUCGUCGCAAAGAUUUUGAAAGUUUAAACCAUUAAAGUUAUUGUUGUAAGAUUAUUGAUGAUACAUCGCUCGUAUUUUUUUUUUUUUUACCGAGUGCUAAGCUUUCGGGGUGACAAACUUGGAAGGUUUGAAAAAAAAUCCAUUCAGGCAUCCGUUCUUCUAGCUGAACGUUCCGAAAUUAAGUUUCGGGCUGUGAUUUUAAAAAAAUAUGAAUGAAUAAUGUGAAAAAUCAAGUUUAACGAUUUUCUCGAGAAAGUUUCAUCAAUUUUCGCCAAGACUAUUCAGAAAUUUUCUGAACUUUCGAAACGUUUAAAUUCAAUAAAAAUUUCCGAGUUCGUCGCUACGAGUGCUCGCUCCGACCAGAUUUCUUGGGUGAAUGUAAAAAAAAAAAACAACAACAACAACAACAACAAUGAUCAAGUGGAAGCGAAUACACGGCCUGUAUAUGUAUUUUAUCGACUAAUAAAAAAAAAUAGAAUUCCAAUAGUGGCUGUCAAAAAGGACGAUGCAUAAUAUGAAAUAAAAAAUAAAAUUUAAUGAAAAAUUA